CGUCAAGCAUCCAGAUCGUCACUACCAGCAGAAAUUUUCUUUUCUCUUUAGCUUCUCUCGCCUCGCUCAACCCCUACUCUCCACAGCCAAACCGGUAUAUUUUCUACGCUACUCUUCAAUUGCCAUGGUUGCCCAGUCAAAGAACAAGCUCCUGCCCACCGCGCAGCUCUCGGCCCUGCUGGCCCAGACAAUGGCCGAUCCGUACCAGACACCAAAGACCAAAUCCGGGUUCUUGGAACACGCCCGCUUCGGCACUGCCUCGCGCCUCCUCACAUGCCUGACCAACGAGCAGCUGGUCGACGCCCUCUAUGUUGCCGACAGCAUCGAUGCAUCGCUGAGCUUUGCUCUGAUCACGCCGUGCAAUUCAAAGCCCGACGAGCUGCUGGUCCGCUCCGUUGUGUGCCAGCUGCGUCACAAGCCGGUCCUAGCAGGCAAGGCAGACAUCGGGCUGACUAAUGUGAGCCGCAUCUCGUUCCUGGACCCUGAGGACCUGGCGCUUGGCAUGUGGUUGAUGGAGCAGGGCACUGGCGAGUUCAGGCGCCUGACUGACCCCACCGAGAUAAUGCGCAUGGUCGGCGAAUGGAAUUCCUCUGAGCCCGAGGCCAUUGCCAACAUCUGCCGUGAGCUGGCGAGCUCCAUUGAGAAUCAGGCCUAUGCCUUUGAGCAUCGCAAGCCCAGUCCAGAUAUCCUGCAGUCGACGGCGAUCGACUGGGAGCAGAGCAUUGUCGAGGGUCAUGCCACCCACCCCAUGCAUCGCGCUCGCUACGCUGUGGAUCCACUUGAGCCCAUUGCGCCAAGCACCGACCUUUUCCACCUGCGCCUGGCGUUCGUGGCUGUCCCGCGCUCGCAGAUGAACGUGGAAGGCGACUUUGAGAAGCUGCUGGCACCCCUGUACAGUGCUGCCGACUCCGACGAUGGCAAGAACCAGUACAUUCUCGACUUCACCGACCGUGCCACGGAGCUGGUCAUGCCUGUCCAUCCGAUGCACCUGCCUGCGAUUCGGAAGAUGUUUGACUUUGUCCGCGUCCUGCCGUUCUCUGCUCCCGCCGAGGCCCAGGCGUCGCUGCGCACAGUGUGCCCAACAGCCUUCACGCCGCUUGGCUACGACAUCAAGCUGCCGCUGGGCAUCAAGGUCUCGUCGGCCCUGCGCACCAUCAGCCCUUGGUCGACUUUUGUUGGUCCGCGCAUCACCGACGCGAUCCCCAAGAUCCUGGAUAAGGCGCCGGUGCAGGAUUCGCUGCUAAUUGCUGGUGAGCCAGCCAGUGCUGUAUCCAACAACCAGGACUUUGACAUUGCAAAGUAUCUGUCGUGUAUUAUCCGCGAUGACCCCGAGUACAUCUGCCGGCCGCGUGGCGAACGCGUCAUCCUGGCUGCUGCCCUGACCAACUUUAACUCGCAGGGCGUCAGCAUGGCGGUUGAGCAGUGGAGCCUGGAUACAGUCGAUAAGCGCCGUGCCUUCCUGCGCAGCUACGUCAGCAAGCUGUUUGACGCGUUCCUGCCCCCGAUCAUGAACCACGGGUUUGCCUUCGAGUCGCACCCGCAGAACAGCCUUCUCAGGAUCGAUGCAGCCACCGGCGACAUUAAGGGUUUCAUUGCCCGUGACUUUGGCGGAGUCAAGGUCCACCGCGAGACAUUCAAGAAGUCAACUGGCAUUGAUAUCGACAUGCUGCCUGAUGCUUGCACUGACGCACCCAUCAUGUACGAGGUCUACGAUCUCGCCUACCACACCCUGGUUCAAUGCCAGAUCCACCGUCUGGUGCGUGCCUUGGAUCUCCACUAUCAGGGUAGCGGAUGGGCGGUGGUCCGUGAGGAAUUCGAGAAGCGUGUCCCUGAGCACCACCCGAUGCGUGAGGCCUGGUACCAGGACUCGUUCGACCUCAAGUGCUUUAUCACAAUGAAGCUUGACGGGCUCUACCGCGACUAUAUUUACAAGAAGGUUCCCAAUGUCUUGUUCUACAAGAAUGAGGAUGAGGGUGUAGUGUUUCCUCAGUAGUCACUCGUCGUAGUUCCUGGCGAUAUCCUUGGGUCUACAUGGCGAUUUCCCAAUACAUAUUAUCACGUCUAGCCGCGUGUCAUUUGGAGGCACUUUGGCACUUUGGCACUUUACAUAUUCGCCAUCAGUUCCCACAAAGCGUAGCAUUCUGG